AUGGAUCUCCUCUCGACGAUCCGAAAGACCGGCUCCAGAGGUGGCGUCAACUUCAGCUGGGACGAAGUCGCCAACUCUAGCCAUCGCGAAAAUUAUCUCGGCCACAGUCUCAAAGCCCCCGUUGGCAGAUGGGCCAAGGGAAGAGAUCUGAACUGGUAUGCCAAGUCUGAUGCUACCGCGGCAUCAUCCAACGAGACAGAGGAAGAGCGCCAAGACCGAGAACAAAAGGAGGAACUGCGCAAGAUCAAAGAGGCGGAGGAAGAUGCAAUGGCCAAAGCACUAGGGCUGCCGCCUCCAGUUAGAAAUAUCUCUGGAGCCAAUGCCGUAGAAGUUGAGCCGAAGCGACAAGUUGACGGCAUGGAGACGACAGAAGAGAACGAAGACGGCACAGGAGCAGAAGUAGAGACAGGAGCAGGAGCCCCGACCGGCGACGGGAUAGAGACUACCGGCGACGAAGUCCUGAUCGAGACGAAAGAAAUCGCGGCCGUGAUCUUGAACGCCGACAUCGCAGAGAUCGCGAUAGGAGUCGAAGCCCAGAUCGGAGAGACGACAGACGUGAUGACAGGAGAAGCAACAGGCGAGACGAGAGACGACAGAGAGAUCGGAGCAGGCAGCGGCACCGUUCACGAUCCAGGGAGCACAGACGGCGGAGCCCUGGACCGAGUUCUCGUCGAGACGACUGAUGUGCCUCUAUUCAAAGGCUGUCAAAGAUACCCCAUACGAGAUGCUAAACACGACAUGAACACUUGA